AGAACAUUGGCGGUAUCUUUGUGGUUCUCAUCUGCGGGCUGAUCAUCGCCGUGUUCGUGGCCAUCAUGGAGUUCGUGUGGUCCACGCGGCGGUCGGCCGAGACCGACGAGUGUCUGUCUUCUGAUAAUGAGUACUGUUUCUGUUUAUGUGUCUGUCUGUCAGGAGAUGCUCACCGAGUUUCGAAACGCCGUCUCCUGUAAGAAGAGUUCCCGCUCCCGCCGCCGCCGGCCCGCCUCCAGCUCCUCCGCCCUGCGCCACCCCGGCCGCGUCACCCUGGGGGCCCCCCGGCCCCUGCGCCUUGUCCGCGAGAUGCGCCUCAGCAACGGCAAGCUGUACAGCGGCGCCGGGACCCUGGCGGGCGGAGCCGGGCCCUUGGUCGGCGGAGCCGGGGAAGGCGGAGGCGGAGCAGCGGAAGGGUCCGCGGCCGCAGACCUGGGCCCGGGGCCCCAGCGCAUCCUGGAGUUCCCUCUGGGGGCCAGCGCCACCCCGCCUCCCCCGGCCCCCGCCGCCGUGACGGCGCUGGCCCCGCGCGGCUGCAGCCACGUGCGGAUCUGCCAGGAGUGCCGCCGGAUCCAGAACCUCCGCGGCGACACCGGCCUGGGGCCGUCCGCCUCCACGCGCAUCCCGCCCUCCUCGGCGCCCCUCCCCCGGCUACCGCCGCCCCCGCCCCCGUCCUCCUCCAACACAGACAGCGAGGGCGGGGGAGGGCCCAGCCCGAGGCGGCCGCAGACCCCCGGGCCCCUCCCACCUCCGCCGAGCAGCAAGGCCACAGACUUCUUGGCCGAGCAGGACUGAGCCCGGGGACGAUGGAGGUCGCGGGGCAGCGCUGGGGGUCAAAAGGAAAAGGGCUCUCUCGGAAGACGUGGCUCUCCCUCUCCACCCGCCAGCAACGUCAGGUCCCAGAGAAGGUGGAGAGAAGGGGCCAUGAAGACUCAGAAACUAAGGGGAACCUGAAGGAGGUCAGCCCAUGGAAAGUGAGGGGAGCAUCAGACGGAGUAAGAGACCUGUAGACUCCCAGGCGUACACUAAACAGUAUGGCCAUGAACGGCCAGCGCUUUCCUGCCUGGCGGUCGAGUUGUGCUCUUGAAGAUGGCUCCCUCUUCACCUGCCUGCUGUCUACACACACAAACACAGACGAUGUUCAAACAGGGACAGCAGUGUGAUGGAUCAGCGAGCGGCAGCAUCAUCAUCACUGUGUCCGAGCUACUGUUCACUCUUGGCUCUCCUUUCCCUCCGUCUCGGUGUACUUCUCAGAGGUCAGGAGCUUGGUUUGGAUCCACAAAAAAAAGACCUUUGUUUGCCUCUACACUGGCUGGAGAGGAGUCGGCCUCAGAGGACAGACUUUAUCUGUAUGUGAUCUUAUCAAAGCGUGACUUUCAGACCGACAAUAUUUCCUGUUGUUUUUUCUUUCUUUCUUGGAUGUCUUUCUUUGUUUGUUACCAUUAUUCCAAGUGGAAAUUAGAGAAAAAAAAAAUACAAUAAAAUACUAUUUGUGACACAUUUGUUGUGGAUUAGAACAUAAUGUGACCAUACCAUGCCUACCUAAACGUUUUGUGUUCCUCCCCCUGCAUCCCCCCAGUGAGGUUGAUGAAAUAAUUUCUCGUCCGGUCUGCAUUUGUAGUGAGUGAAUGGGAUGCGUUCAUGUUGAACUGUGUAUGUUAAUUCUAAGUCGGUCAGUAAUUAACCAAAGGGAGGGCAGCUGUGUAUCCCAGGAUCACAUCGUUUUAUCAAUGUGUGAUAAUCUAACAGUGACAGACAACAAAAGGGUACGAGAGGCUCUGAAAUGUACAAUUUGUGUUUCUAAUGAAAUGGCGCAACUCUUGCUGUGGUUCCUUUUCUUUUCUUAAUAUUUGUACCCCUGAUUUCACAGAAUGAAAGGAGACAGGGUAUUGGAAUCAGAGAAGAGAGAGAGAGUGUGAGAGAGAGAGAGAGAGAGAGAGAGAGAGAGAGAGAGAGAGAGAGAGAGAGAGAGAGAGAGAGAGACGGGGAGAGAGACGGAGAGAGAGAGAGAGAGACGGGGAGAGAGACGGGGAGAGAGAGAGAGAGACGGGGAGAGAGAGAGAGAGACGGGGAGAGAGAUAGAGACGGGGAGAGAGGAUAGAGGAACAAAUCUUCUGGCGGAUGUAACAGGAUGCCACGGUAACUGAAUUAUAAAUCCCUCAUUGAACUACUUCCAUUACCAGAUCUAUCCUGAUCUGGUGGUUCUGGGCAUCUUCUAGAGAUGUUUCCACUUCCAGUGGGGAAAAUCUGCAGCUUUCUGCUGCUCUGUUUUUCAAAGCGACAGAGUUGGCGGAGCGUGCCAGAGGCUCUGCUGCCAGAGUCACAGCCCCGACAACACAGCCCCGUCAAUAGUGUGCCAUAGAUCCGCGGAGCCCAGUGACCCCCUUCAGCGACAGCAACACACUCAUUCAGGAUUGAGCUGGAACUUAUAGGCAAACACAAUAAACACAAUUGGCAGAAGGAAUCGAUUGUCAGGUGGGUUUUUUUUUUUGCGCUCCUGCUUUUUCCCCUCUGUUCAGCCCGAGAGAUGGAACCCAGCCUGCUUUGUUUUUGUUUUGCUCAUGUGUUGGAGACCGUUUGACGCAUGAAGUGCCGGUCUGGGUUGCUAGCGUAAUACCUUUGGGGAUGGUGGUUGUCGUGAAUCAAAUCAUCCGAGUGGGUGAUCGUCCGCUUUCUACAUCGAAAACUAUAGAGGGCACAUGCAGGACCUAGAACGCUAUGUGAUACCGUAAUUGUUUUGUGGUGUCGAUGCUGUUGUCCACCGGGGGAACACUAUUACAAAUCACUACGAUUAUAAUGGCAAAUAAGGCCCGGCAAAGAAUAAUGUUUUUUCCUUGUUAACCAUGACACUGUCGAGUCAGUCUGUCGUAACGUUGGCGGACAAACAGUAAAUAUUCACUGGUUAGCCUAUUAUACUUGCGGGGAAGGUAUGGUGGGGAGUGUAUUGCAAUUUAAAUGUGUGUAAUCGCCUUGUAAACAAGGCACAACACUAGAGGGUUGUACACGACACCAGCCCUUUUACUGAUCGCUCAAUGCUGAACCAUUCUAGGUUCAUCCCCCUCCUCUCCGUCGUCUGAUGUUUGAUUGUUUUGUUUUGUAAAAAAUGACUGCAAACUCAUGGACAUUAGCCAUCCAACAUGCACAUGACAGAAGUGAAUGUGAACACACACACACACACACCUCAACAAACUAUGAGAAACACCGUCUCUCACACACACACACACACACACACACACACACACACACACACACACACACACACACACACACACACACCACAACACAC